GUCGAUGGUGCUUGGCACUUGAAAUUUACAUAAUCACAACGCCUUUUUGUUUGUGUUACGUAAUUUAGGCCAGCCCUUGGCCAGUUGUUCAUCAGUGGUCAGAAGUUUUACGUCACUCUGGCUGUAAAAGUUGCAGAUUAUUGAAGAGAAUGAGACAUGUGAAAUGGACAUGUGCGACUGCUUCUUAGCGGACCAACUCUUCGGAAGGUUAUGAACAAUCGCUGAUGCUUAUUGACUGAAAUACCAGAGGGCUUCCUUCUUUCGUGGUGCAAGAAUUGUAGCAUCCUGUAGAUAAGAUAGAGUCUUCAAGAUAACCGGACUUCGGGCAGCAGUUGUCGUCAGUUUUUAUCAUCUGGUGAUUCAAGUACAUUUGCCCUUCAGGGUGAUUUAAACAAUAAUGGAAAGCCCCAAUGCUACCGAGCACCAACAUCCGUGGGAAUUCUCAUCGGAGUAUCUCCCGGCGUUGUUUGCCAGUUUUCUCUUCUUCUUCACCCUCAUGUUCUUAGUGAGCCCUCUUUUGUCGGCCAAGUACUCGCGGACCUACAAAGGAAUGAGCAGCUUCGAUAAAGCUAACUGGAACACAAGGACGGUCUCCAACAUCAAUGCAGUAAUUGUGAGCGUCCUGAGCAUUUAUCUUCUAGUCACAGAUGACUCAAUCAGCUCUGAUAAAGUCUGGGGUACAAGCCAGCUAGCCAGAUGGAAUGUCUGCAUCAUCUGUGGUUUUCUAAUCGCCGACCUGAUAGUCAUGCUGAGGUGGUUUCCCCUGAGUGAAUCCUGGCAAUAUCUCAUUCAUCACUUCGUUGUUCUCUACCCUUUUCUGAACAACGUGGUCUAUGGAGUGCUGACCUUCUUUGCAAAUUAUCGAAUCACGACCGAGUGCUCUACCCUUUUUGUCAACCUACGAUGGUUCAUGUCGGUCCACGAGUACAAAUCCAACAAGUGGUACGUCAUCAACGGCCUCAUGAUGACCGCGACUUUCUUCCUGUGCCGCAUUGCCUUCAUUCCCUUGUAUUACGUCUUCGUCUAUCACGACGUGUCCCGAGCCGUCGCUACGCUUCCGCUCUCCUUCAUCAUCGCUUGGCUUCCCAGCGGCAUGAUUAUGGACGUCCUCAACUUCUACUGGUGUGGCAAGAUGUACAAUGGGGCCAGAAAGGCCCUCUGGGGAACGUCAAAACCCAAAGGGGCGCCCGUCCGAAAUCGGGUCAAGGGCGAAUAGAUAACCACUGCUACUUUUCUUUUGGGGGGGGGGGGGGUGUGUUAAUUUUUUGUUCUUCAGCAGUUUUGAUGCGGGUAAAAUUUCCUUGGAAAGUAUUCUGUAUUUCAGUAUAAUAGCUGUAUUUAUUUCAGACAGUCGCAUAUGGUUUGCACCUGGUUCAUAGAGGGCGCUGUUUAUCUUCACUAGAAGGCACUAGAGGACACAAUUUUUUCUACAACUUGACAAAAAUGAUCACAACUAUGUCCAGCAAACGUAACAAAUAGUCUUGGCAAUAUUUAGAGCUCGUGUUGUUAAUUUUUCAUCCACAAUUUUGUAGUCUUCAUAUCCUUGAUUGGUUUUUUAAUAUAUUUUAUUUCAUUGGUCAUUGGUUUAUUGCAAAAGUCUGACACAGGCAUCAGUGGUUAAAAUAUACCGCGGUGAUAGAUUUUUGUUUCUCCCAACGUAUGUCUUCCUUAGUUACAUUGCACAUAUCACUACGCAGUUGAAACAGCUUUUUACAAAUGGUACGGUCUUUUCCACCCGUUGUACAUUUUUGCUGUUACAAUUCGUAGUUUAAGUUUUUAGUGAUGUAUUACAGGAAGCAGUUUAGAAAUAAAAACUCCAAACUCCGACAUUGCAAUAAAAAGAAAUGGCCUAAUUUUUUUUAAUUUUUUUUAAUUGAUCAAAUAUUGGACUUUUUUGAGAAUCAAUAUAAUUAAUGCGAAGGAUUGUUUUAUUCCUUAUGAGAAUGCAAAAUAUUGUAAUCUAAUUUAUUUAGUCGGAACUUUGCAUGCCCAAAGUUGUUUUUCUGCAUGAAAAGGAUGUGAUUCGGAGAGUUUAAUGAUAGUUAUAUUUUCUCUUAAAAGUGACGGAACAAAUAUUUUGUAUAAAAAAUGUGAUGUGUGCCUUGUAAAUUUUGCUCAAUUCUGUGGAGUGCACGUGCAUGCAGACCUAUAUACCUUGACAUGGAGUGUAUAUAAAUGAUUUGAACUUCUACUGACAUUUUUCAGGUGCUGUUAGUGUAUUUAAUAUUAAAAUUUACCAUUGUAUAUUUCGUGGGGUUCUUAUGAUGUCUCCUGAGAUUUGAUCACAGAUAACAUUAUUAAUGAUAAAAUUAACUUUUGUUGUCGGUUGCAAAAAUUAUUGUGUAAUGGAAGCCUAAAACCGUUCAUCCGCGAGUGCAUUUUUAGUUUUUGUGUCUGUUCCGUAAAAUUAGUUUAUAUUAUAUUAAUCAGCAGUAUUUAGCAGUUUUAUUCAUUUUUAUAUUUUAAUCGGAUAUUUUUUCCUAUCCAUAAAUACCAAAAAAGAAUUUGAACAAU